AUGGCACACACUUUCCGUGUUGCCCUUGCAACAGGCGGCCCUUUUCGACUACUUCUUUAUUCAUGUAUUGACGAAGGGGACGAGUUUCUCAAACGGAGUCCCGAGACGAAUGGUCUAGCAUCAGUCCAAGUUGACGACAAGAUCCAGGCGGCAGAAGAAACAAUAAGACGAAAACUCAACGGUCGUUACAGAGGACUACUGGAAUCUACCGAAUCCCCCGGUGAACCAGGAGUCAAGCGUGUCGACUUCCUUCAUCGGACCGUCCGCGAUUUCCUGGUGACAAAGAAAAUGCAGGAUCUGCUUGCUUCUUACUCGGCACAAAACUUCAAUGCGUAUCUGUGCAUAUGCGAAGCGUUCAUUCGACAAGGCGAGAAUUUCCCAGGCAGUCUGAGCUCCCGUCAGUGGAACAACUUCAUGAAAUAUGCCUUAGCAGCAGAGGACGAAUUGGGCACUCCAAGCACACCAUUACUCCACAGAAUGAACGAUAUUUGUCACUUAUGCAGCCCGACGGAUAAAGAUAGCCUGGAGCCUGUUGACAGCAAGGACAGAUCGUUUCUGCUGAGAACCAUUGAAUUUGGUUUCGUUCCUUAUGUUAAAGAUCGACUUCAAAGACAACCGGAUCUAUUUUUAGGCCAUGGCAUAGAAAUUUUAUGGACGUUAAUCGAGAUAACCUUCAUUACCAGGCGACCUAAAGACCAGGAGCCUAGGUUCGAGAUGGCUCAACUCCUGCUUGAGAACGGUGUCGAUCCAAACGGCGUGGUAAACGGCAAGCCAAUGCUGCAUAACCUUCUUGACCUUGCUUUCAUGGAAGGAGAAAGUCUGGCUUUAAUGAGUGGAUACUAUUUUCGGAUACUCAUACUGUUGCUCAAGCACGGGGCAAUAUUUCGACCAGACCUCGUGGAUGAAGAUUGUGGAGUGGGCGGCUUGAUAACGCGCAUGCACUCCACGAGACAACAUCUGGGGUUCGCGCAGGAGAUAUUUCGUCUUUUGCUUGACAGAGGACUUGAUCCUAAUCUCAUGGCAUAG